UAGACUGUAGAGAAGAUAGCAAUAGAGGCGUGAGCGCGUUCUGGGGAAUAUUUUCCUAAUAGAUAAUGUAGGCUAGUCUACAUCCAUAGGCUAUUCUGAUAAAAUGCUGUGAGCGAGGGUCCUUGAAUAGUUUGUUUUGUGUGCUUGACACCGUGGUGUCGAUAUUUUGCGUACACCGGUGUUUCUUAGCCCUAGGGGGUGCAUUGUGGGCAAGGGAAGAAUUUGCGGGCUCUGAUAUCUCACUGCGCGUGGGAAAAAGUGGUGCAGACCAGAGCAGUGUAGCCUACGUGGAACACGAUCGUUGCAGCGCCAUCAUGUUGAAACACAGCAGUCGAAAGUCGCUUUGUGCAUCGGUAAUCCGCUCAAAUGUCACGAUGCAGCAGGAGUUGACCGAUCGGGCCUAAUCCAUGCAAAUUGUUUGAAGGUAUCGAGCAGAGGGACCAGUAGGAUAAAGAUGGUGAAGCGGAAUGUUACGCGAUCUACCAGUUCCUAGUCAUGAACAGGCAGUGCUGUGAGUGGUGUCUCCUAGGAGAUGGAAGGACCAUGUUCUAAAGGUAAACAGACCACAGCAGAGUGAUGAGCUACAAGCAGCAGGGGGAGGGGCUAGGUGAUGCUGUCUUGGAUGACAAUAAGGCUUCACCUGCUUCCAGAAACCGGCAACCCAAUGGCACAUCAGGAGAAGGGGGGGGAGAAGGGGUCCCUGUCCGGAGAAGUUGGAGACCCUGCCAAAUGCUCGGUCAAGAUGGGCAGGAUCAUCACCACCACCAUCAUCCUCCUAUUCCGCACCAAGGCUCGGGACGCGGACCUGCACGGCACCGUAGGCGAACUCCCUCAGGGCAGGGCCCAUCCAGACAGUGGGAGGGAGCAGACAUGGAGCCUCCUCGCCACACCCAGCCGCCCCGCCCUGGCGUGGCCCGCUACCGCCGCCAGGGAGAGCCCAGGGUCAGAGUUCACGGACAGAGACCGCCGACGAGAGACGGCCAAGACACCCACGCCCCGCCGUUUCAACAGCAACGGUCAUCUGGCACUCCCCUGACUGAACAGAGGGACAUGACUGGUCCCGCAACAAUGAAGCAGCAGCACCCCCCACACUCCUGUCCACCCCACCAUACACAGAACAGUGGAGCACCUGACCUUACAGCUGGUACCUCUCCUACCCCCACACACCACACACCAUGUCCUACUGCCCCUGAUCUCCCUUCCCAAGACCUACAUCCACCCCUUUCCAACAUAGAGUCUCCCCAACCUCAGGAGGAAGAGGAGGAAGGGUACAGCUCAUCCAUAACGCAGUCUGUUAGUACUCAAAGUGGAUUUGACAACCAGACAGACCUAGAGAACCAGAGGGAGGGGGACCAUGGAAAGGGGGAGCUAAAAGAGACCGGUCUGGUAGAAGAAGACAGAAGCAAGAGGGAUCUGGUAGAGGAUGAGCAGGAAGAUGUAACUAAUGAGUACUGUUCUAACACUGAGAGUGCUGCCUCACUAAGCAUGGAGGCUCCGCCCCUGAGUUCACCUCCUCACCAAUCACCAUUCUUGCCCCCUCCAAUUCAGUCUGAGAACUCGGACCAAUGUAGUGACGAGUUUAGCCCAAGCCCCACCUAUGAAAAUGACAUAAUGCCUGAUGAUGAGAGCUGCACUGAUUCUCCACUGUCCCACUCCAAAUCCUUCACCUUCAGAGACUCGUAUCCUAAGACCUAUGCAGAAUUUUAUAAUGAGUCCUACCCACAGUCAGAAUCUAUUACAGAAUCCUACACAGAGCCCUAUGCAAAAUCCUACCCUCAGUCUUUCCCUGAACCCUUGAAAUUGAUUAAUUAUCCAGACAGGAGAUCUGAGGCUGACUCUGAUGAGCCAUAUUCAGAACCUCACCCAGGGCCCUACAGUCGUAGACAGAGAGAGCAUAUUUAUAAGGGAGCUACAGACACUGAACCCCAACCCCUUGACUCCUGGCCAGGUAGGGAUGUGGGGUUACCACAGACCAGCCCCCAUUGGCAGGAACGCUCAGUCGGCUCAAGACUACACCAUUACGAUGACACUACGUCUGACGGGGAGGGCGACAGCCUCAAAGAAAGCCCCAGAUCCCAAAGCCUGGGGCCACCUCCCUGGAACGUGCAAAGUGAAGCCCAGUCAGAGCGUCCCAGCUCUGGGCAGCCUGGUUCAGGUGAGUUCCAGGAUGAGCAGGCCGGGAUGGAGCUCCGAACUCCAGUGGAAGGCCUUUCCGAGGACAGUGUCACAUGCUCAGGGGAUGCUAUCUCUCUGGCCAUCAGGAACAUCCGAGAGGCCAUAGAGGAGGUGAAGACAAAGACGGUGCGCUCGCCCUACACUCCUGACCAGCACAUAGAGCCUGUGUGGGUGAUGAGACCGGAGGUCAGUCUUAAUGAGGACGAAUCCUCCCCAGAGCAGCCACCGGGAGGCGACCCUGUCUCUCAGUCUCCUUCGCACUAUAACCCAGUCCCAGCCCGAGUUCCAGCCCCGGUCCAUGUUCCAGUACCAGCUCCAGCCCCAUCCCGAGUUACAGCCCCAUCCCGAGUUCCAUCCCGAGUUCUGGUGCCAGUCCCAGAGCAUGUCUGUCCUGUGAGGGCAGAGUCCUCCAGAACACACCAGGUUCAUCAGAGGGAGCAUAGAGAUCAGAGGGAGCCGCCUAGGCCACCAUCCAUUGAGGAGAUCCAGAGGCAUAUGCCGUCCUUCCCUACAUACGUGGAAGUCCCAGGGCCAUGUGACCCACAGGACCUGAUUGAUGGCAUAAUUUUUGCAGCCAGUUACCUGGGCUCCACCCACCUGCUGUCAGAGAGGACUCCCACUAAGAGUGCCCGCAUGCAGCAGGCCCAGGAGGCUAUGAGCCGUGUCAGGACCGCACAAAAGCAAGCUAAAAACAGAAAGAAGACUGGGGGUGAGAUUCCUUCUUCCACUGAAGUGGAUCUCUUCAUGUCUACACAGAGGAUCAAAGUGCUGAAUGCAGACACUCAGGCGUCCAUGAUGGACCUGCCACUGAGGACCAUCUCCUACAUUGCUGACAUAGGCAACAUGGUGGUGCUGAUGGCCAGGGGGAAGAUGGUACGUUCCAGGAGCGCUCAGGAACAUCUGAACCAUACAACUGACCACUCUGACCACACCAACAGCACAGCCCGCGACGACCUCCCCCAGUACAGGAUGGUCUGCCACGUGUUUGAGUCGGAGGAUGCCCAGCUCAUAGCCCAGUCUAUUGGCCAGGCCUUCAGUGUGGCAUACCAGGAGUUCCUGCGGGCCAAUGGCAUCGACCCAGAGGACCUGAGUCAGAGGGAGUACAGCGACCUGCUCAACACUCAGGACAUGUACAACGAUGACCUCAUCCACUUCUCCAAGUCAGAGAACUGCAGAGAUGUUUACAUAGAGAAGCAGAAGGGAGAGAUGCUGGGUGUGGUCAUAGUGGAGUCAGGCUGGGGCUCUAUUCUGCCCACCGUCAUCAUCGCUAGCAUGAUGCAUUCUGGGCCUGCGGAGAAGUCUGGUCGACUCAACAUUGGUGACCAGAUCAUGACCAUCAAUGGAACCAGUCUGGUUGGACUGCCCCUCUCCACUUGCCAGAGUAUCAUCAAGGGUCUGAAGGCCCAGUCCAAGAUUAAGUUGAACAUCGUCAGGUGUCCCCCCGUCACUAUGGUGCUGAUCCGCAGACCAGACCUCCGAUACCAGCUGGGCUUCAGCGUACAGAAUGGAAUUAUCUGCAGCCUGAUGAGGGGGGGCAUUGCUGAGAGAGGAGGGGUCCGUGUCGGUCAUCGCAUCAUUGAUAUCAACGGUCAGAGUGUGGUGGCUACACCUCAUGAGAAGAUUGUUCACGUCCUGUCUAAUGCAGUGGGAGAGAUCCACAUGAAGACGAUGCCUGCAGCCAUGUACCGUCUAUUGACUGCCCAGGAACAGCCUGUCUACAUCUGAGACUUGCUCUCUCUCCCUCCCUGGACAAAACUCUCCAUUCCAGUUCACAUCAAGAGGAUUUUACUUCGGUUUUUAUUUAAUUACAUUUAUCAGCCACGUAUUUGAUUUUCACAUCACUGUUUGCUUAAAAUCAAAGUAUUUUCAUGCCACUCCGCACUGACUUGCCUUAAUCUGAAGUAAAACGGCACAGAGUAAUUUACCAGGCAGAUUGAUGUUUGAUCAGUAACCAGAUAGCUGAAUUUAAAUAUGCAUAUUGAGGAAAAACAGAGCAAGGAAUACCUUUGGUCUUUCAGGAUCCUAUGAAUGUACUGUAAACUGUCUCCAUGGGGGUGUGGUAACCCAAAUGUGAGCUUUUCAUUGGACCAAAACCACUUGCAUGUAACUCUGCAAUGUCCUUAGAUGUUGCAGCUGUGCUAUAAUUUGCACCU